GGCGUGAGCGGUGGCAGCCCAAGGCUCGUAGCCAGCUAGCCAGCUCGCUAGCUAGGAUGUGUCGAGGCGAUGCUACACGACGGCGGAAAGGUGAGAUUGAGGAUUAUCGUCGCCCGACGCAGCCAUGGGCGUCAUUGAGGGUAACUAGCUGAUCGGUACACACCUUCCCAGAGGAUGACUGGUCGGGGCCAGCACUACGGCUUCCAAGGGGCCACCAUUGUUCAAGCCUCCAAUGGUGGUCAUGCCUACCUGUUUGGGACCAAUAGUUCGGAGAACGAACAGUCGGAGGAGGAUGGGGAAAGCUGUGACCUGCGGCCACGUAGCAGAGACCGGAACAAAAGGAGCGCGUCCAGGGAGAGGGUGGACGACAUCGUCUACCUAAGCAGAGAUGUCCAGGAGGGCGACACCCUGAACAGCAUCGCCUUGCAGUACCAUUGCUCGGUGGCGGAUCUGAAGCGUGCCAACAACCUGGUGACGGAGCAAGACUUCUUCGCCCUGAGAUCUGUGAAAAUCCCCGUCAGACGCUUCAGCAUGCUGACUGAAACCCACAACCCAGGACCUCCCAAACCGGCCUCCCUUUCCCAAACCCAGACCUCGGCCGUCACCGCCCUCCCCAUGGAGUCGUCCACGGACUCCUCCUCUUCCACGGACAGCGUGGAAGGCUUCCUCCAGGAGAAGGACAAGGACAUCGAGCUGCUGGUCAAUUCCGCCGGCCCGUCGACGAGCAGCCUGAGCGAGGUGGUGUCCUCCCUGACGCACCUGCAGAGUCAGCCCUCGCUGGGCAAGUUGGAGUACAAAGCGGCGCAGAAAAAGGACCCGUAUUACGGCGCGGAUUGGGGCAUGAGGUGGUGGACGGCCGUGGUCAUCAUGCUGGUGGUCGGCAUCGUCACGCCCGUAUUUUACCUGCUGUACUACGAGGUCCUCAUGAAGACCGAGGUAAGCCAUCACGCCGUGCCCACGGGGUCUCUCGGGGACACGCCUACCGGACAUCCGCACGGUCCGAUAGGAGACGGCCAUGCCGGAGCUGAUCGCUCGCAUGCCGGACACGUAGCUCAUGUCGCCCUGCAAGGCCUCGGCGUGAACAAUGAACAUGAGAAGACAUAACUAACAUGGACUCCUAACAAAACGCUUUUAAUGAUAUGAUCGAUGCAAUCUUGACGGGGAAAGAAUUUUAUAUAUUUCUAUUAAUUUAACCUUUGUCAUCCAUGCUGCUGCUGCCUUUUGAAGCCACAUGCAAUUUCCCAAAUAUAAAUAUAGACAAAUCAUUUUCAGGACUCAUUGAAAAGUUUAUUGUGCAUUUUGGAUUUGAAGCAGGGGUGUCCAAACUUUCUCCAUCGAGGGCCACAUUCAGAAAAAAUGAAAGCUGCACGGUGGAAUUGUGUACAAUAAAGGGGACCUGCACUUUUUUUGAAACUUUGCCUAUCAUUCACCAUCAUUAUGAGAGACAGGAACACACUUUUUUUUGGGGGGGGUGUCAAUUACGAGAUUAAAAUUCAAAAUUAUGAGAUAAAGACUUUGUAUUUUAAUAUAAAUAAAAAGGUCAUAAUUUUGAAAUGACUCAUGACUUCGAAUUCUCAUUUAAACUUUUUAAGAUCAUAAUUAACUUUUUAUUUCAUACUUCUGACUCAUAAUUUCGACUUUUUCUCUCAAAAUUAUAGCCAUCCUAUAUUUUCAACUUUAUCUCAUAAUUUAAUUUUUUAACAUAAUUACAACUUUUUAUUUCAUAUUUUUGACUCAUGAUUUUGACUUUUUCUCUCAAAAUUAUAUCCCAUCCUAUUUUCAACUUUAUCUCAUAAUUUAAUUUUUUAACAUCAUAAUUACGACUUUUUAUUUCAUAUUUUUGACUAUCUCAAUUAAAACUUACUAUUGGGAUAUAUAUAUAUAUAUAUAUAUAUAUAUAGUCAUUUAGUGGCAGAAACAGGCUUCCAUAGAGUACACAGUAUCUGUCAAGAGCCAAUAAUUUAAAAAAAAACAGCUGUGGGAGAAAAUGAGCCCCCAGGCCGCACUUUGGACAUCCCUGGUUUUAAGCUUAUUACACGGUGACAUCAUUGAGAAAUAAUAUAUUUCAGGACCAUUGUGCCAUCGUACACUUGUUAGUAUUGAAGUUAGACAUUAGUGACAUCUGAAAUAAAGCGAUAAAGCUCGGUGAAGAAUUGCACAGCAUUCCUCAGACGUGUGUGUGUGUGUGUGUAAGCCCUUGUACUUCAAAUGUUGACAUUAUGUGCCUUUCAACCUGUGGAAAUAUUCUUACAGGCUGGACAAUAAAUAAGUCUAUUUUCAAA